GAAUGUGAAAGUCAGAACCGCUGGUGCACCUGAUCAGCCUGCGUGGUUGGAUUGUUGGCUCGGUGGCUGCAGGAGGGGGUCAGAUGGGACUGGUUCUGGGCAGAAGUUAAUUACGGGGAUUCCUGACAUUCCUCUGCGCUGGAGGUUGAUAUGUUAUAAUGAUUAACAAGGUGUGGGACAGCCAAGUCUGGCAGUUGGACAUGCAGCUGGUUGGGAAACUGGCACUUUCUGCCACUGCCGCCUUCAUUUUGGCUUUGGCCUUCAGAUUUUACAAGUCCAGGGUCCAUGAAAGACGUGGGGUGGAUAAUGGCAGUGGCCCCAGUGGGUACCUGGACGUUGGAGCAGCAACAGGGGGUCACGUAAAUGAUGAAACCAAUGAACUUCGCUGCAGACGUGGAAAGAGAACCCAACACAGUGAUGUUAUCUCAGCUGCCGGGAGUCAGAGCCUCGCCGGGGAUCCUGUCACUGCACAAGAAUUCAAUUCUAAAUCUCAAAAAGGGCCCCAGGGUCUCAGUAGCCAAAUAACUGAAUACCAAUCGGCAGAUGUAAUCACCCACCAAAGCAACUUAAACCUCGAGACUCCGGAAACAAGAACCAUUCCUUCUAGAGACCAGAAAUGUCACCGGGAAGGUCUCAGCUUCUCUGCCGGAGAUGUGGGUAAAGGAAAUGGAAUUGGGACAAUCAGGGACAAUUCCGAUUCUUGGACUGUACAAUCAUUAAAUGAUCCUCAAAGAGAUAUUUCUGAUCCAAAUGGAAUUGAGACGAUCAGGAACAAUUUGGAUUCUGGAAGAAUACAACCACUAAAGGAUUCUGGGAAAAAAAAAUCUGAUCCGAAUGGAAUUGAGACAAUCAGGGACAAUUUGGAUUCUGGGACAAUACAACCACUAAAGGAUUCUGGCAAAAAAUGUUCUGAUCCGAAUGGAAUUGAAACAACCAGGAAUAAUUCAGAUUCUGGGACUGUACAAACACUAAAAUAUUCUGGCAAAGAUAUUUCUGAUCCAAAUGGAAUUGAGACAAUCAGGGACAAUUCGGAUUCUUGGACUGUACAAUCAUUAAAUGAUCCUCGCAAAGAUAUUUUUGAUCCAAAUGGAAUUGAGACAAUCAAGGACAAUUUGGAUUCUGGGACAAUACAACCACUAAAAGUUUCUGGCAAAGAUAUUUUUGAUCCAAUUGAAAUUGAGACAAUCAGGGAAAAUGUGGAUUCUGAUGCAAUACAACCACUAAAAGUUUCUAACAAAGAUGUGUCUGAUCCAAAUGAAAUUGAGACAACCAGGGACAACUCAGAUUCUGGGUCAAUACAAUCACUAAAGGGAAUUGUGACAACCUUGGACAAUUCCCAUUCUGAGACUGUACAACCAGUAGAAGGUUUUGCCAAAGAUAUUUCUGAUAUAAAGGGAACUGGGACAAGUAGGGAAAAUUCCAAUUCCAGGAAGAUACAACCACUAGAGGAGACCGGCAAAGAUAUCUGUCAUGAAAAAGAAGAUGGGACAUUUGGGGGCAAUGCUGAUUCUGGGGUUAUACAACCACUAAAGAAGUCUGGUAGAGAUAGUUGUGAUGGAAAAGGAAUUGGUACAAUCUGUCAGCAAGUCCUAAAUGAUCCUGUCUGUGAUGAAAAAGCAGAUUUGACGACUGUGGCCAAUGUGGAUUCUGGGAAUAUACAACCACUAAAAGAUGUCAGUGAUGAGGCAGGAGAUGGUACAACCUGGGACAAUCACAGACAAGAUCCAGAAGUAAAGGACACAAGGAAUGUAGAUUCUGCUUGUGUGAUACAGGACCUACAGGCGAGUUCUGGUGUAAGUUCAGCACUGAAUGAGAACCAUAAAACCAUGCAGGAAGUCCAUCGCUUCUCCUCUGUGUCUCGGGUGGUGGUGGAGGAGAAUAUCAUCAGCGAGAGGCAGGCGGAAGAGUCGAGAACUUCUCCCAGAAGUGCCGGCUUGAGAGGGAAGAUCUAUGAGUAUCACAUAGAAAGCACUUCAGAGACUGUUUCCCCAGGGAAACAUUUCAAAUUCCGGGCCUCAACUUCGCCCUCCAGCCAUCCUCAAGCAAAGUCACAACAAGACCAACAAGAAGUCAAGGUGGGUCUCUGGGAACAAGGCCAAGAUCAGUAUGGUGCAGCGUUAGGGUCAACUGGAAGUCAAGAGGCUCUGGAAGUAAAGGGUAACCCUACUCCUUCUGGUUUAAUAUCCCCUCUACGCUCUCUUGCACUAAAGCCAGCCAAUGGCAACUCCACUUUCCACAUUUCCCUCAGCCCAGAAUCCACUUUUGAUGUCCAUCUUGGUCUGGAGAACUGUUUUGAGGUCCUUAGCUUGGCCAAGAAGCACGACCUUGAUGCCCUCAAGACAGCGGCCUACAAGGUCAUGAGUGACAACUAUCUAGAUGUUCUUCGGAACCCUUCUAUCUACGGACGCCUCCAUUCUGCCGAGAGGGAUCUGAUCCUUGAGCAGAGGAUGAGGGGAAGGAAGUAUGUAGUUGUGGCUGAUAUUGACACCGUGGGGUACUCUGUUUCGGAAAACAGCAGCCUCAGUUAUUAUGACAGUGAUCAGGACUCUUGGCACCUGCUUUGUCCAAUACCACCCGAGGCGGUCAGCAGGGCUUGCUCAAUGGCAACCAUGUUUAAUUAUAUCUUUAUUGUGCUGGGGUGCCAAGGACUAGAGAGGGAAAUGAAACCUUCUAAACGUGUUGUCUGCUACAACCCAGUUACUGGCAAAUGGCAGGACAUCUGCCCUUUAAAUGAAGCCAGGCCUCACUGUAAGCUGGUGGAGCUUGAUGGAUAUCUAUACGCCAUUGGCGGAGAAUGUCUUCAUACAGUUGAGCGCUAUGAUCCAAGACAGAACCGUUGGAGUUACGUUGCUCCUCUUCCCAAUGACACCUUUGCAGUUGCCCAUAUGGCCACUGCUUAUGAUGAUGAGAUCUAUGUGACUGGUGGCACCAUCCGGUACAUGCUUCUAAGGUACCUGCGCAAGGACAACACUUGGAAAAGCAGCAUCAUCACCGGCAGCAAGGACCGCACCACCGAGUUAGUGGCGGCCAAUAAUUUCCUGUAUCGAUUUGAUAUGAACCGGAGCAUGGGCAUCAGUGUGCACCGCUGUAGCGUCCGUGCCCGAAUUUGGUAUGAAUGUGCCACCUAUACCAUGCCUUACCACUUGCCUUUCCAGUGCGCAGUGAUCGAUAAUAACAUUUACUGCAUCAGUAGGAACUUUCACUUGAGGUUCCUCACCAACGACAUCUCCCCACGGUUUAUGGAGGACAAUCUGAAGACACUUCCUUGCCCGAAGGGGCUUUUGUCACCUCUUGUGCUUGUUCUGCCAGAGGUGGACUCCCAGUAAGAAAAGACAUGGUGGGUAAUGAGAUGUGGGAAACUUGAGUCAUGGGCAGUGUAAAAAUGCCUUCUGGUUGCUACAGUCAGAGACCAUAGCAACAAGAAAUCUAACUGAUUUUAAGGGUAGGUCAUUGUUAUAUUAUUAUUAUUUAUUGUACUGUUUCCGCCUUCUUCCUGGUUGAUAGGGUCACCCUGGACUGCCAUUGGGGGGUACAGGGAUCUAUGGAAGAGGGGAGGGGGGUCCCAAGAGGUGCAAAGGUGCCAAGGGUUGCAAGGUGGAUAAUGUGCAGAAUAAUGGGGCAUUGGUGGGAUGGAUCAGAGGGGUUUCAAGGGGUCUGGUGGGGAAGCAGGAGCUCAUUGGGAGAGGGCUCUGUUGGGCCCUAUGUAUAUCUGUAGGCCACAUGCGCUUAUGCUAUUGUAGUAACACAGACGCCAUGUUGUACGAGAUCGUGAGUUAUAGCAGCCAAUCAGAAAGUGGCUCUUAUUAUUCUCUCUGCACUAAACCAAUCAAAGCCGCUCACUGAUUAGUCAGAAGGACAGAGAAGUCAGAUGUUGGCCCCCUGACUUCAAACUUUAUCCCCCCUUUGAUUGAGACCAGGUAACCGUCACGCAGACGCCAUAAAACCCAAAGAAAAUUCACCGAGUUAAUUAUUCCCUGUCUGCCGCAGCAAUUGUCUUGACAAACGGCGAGAUAUAAAGCGUAAGGCCGAGCGGGCUCUGUGCAUUCCCAAUGAGCGAUCUCUCUGUUCUUUGUAUCAUGGCGCAGAAACCUUUAUAAUACAUAUAUUCCGUAUUCAGAAAAGCUGCAAACGCCGACUCGUAAAUCCGAAAUACCGAAAAUUCCCAGUAAUUGCCUCCCAUUUGUCCAGUAAUUCACAGAUAUGACUCACUCACUGUUAAAUACAUGAUCUUUAUAUUUCACUGGGAAAAAAAAAAUACUCAUUUACUGACAUCCAUGCACUUUCAGAUAUUAAAGGGGAAGUGAACCCAAAAAAAUUUA